ACAAAAACCCUAGGAUAGGUAGUGUUUGGAGCGAAACAAUGACGCGACCUUACGGUGUGAAGGGGCGGAAGCGAAAGCACGCCGAACCCAAAUACGACGCCGAAGAAGAAGACCAACAAGCCCAACAGCCAAACAGAACUGUGGUCGAGAACGAUGAACCAACGCCAACACGGAAGAGAACUGUGGCGGAGAACGAAGAAGCAACACCAACACCAACACCAGCUUCAACCGAGGACAAUGAAUUGAGCGGUAUUCCAAUUGCGCCAAGCGAGAACAACACUACCAAACCCAACGUCAUCUUCAUUCUCGAAAAAGCUUCAUUGGAAGUCGCCAAAGUUGGCAAGACAUAUCAGCUUUUGAACUCCGACGACCAUGCCAAUUUCCUCCGCAAAAAUAACAAGAAUCCCGGUGAUUACAGGCCCGACAUUACGCAUCAGUCCCUUUUAUCUAUUUUGGAUAGUCCACUGAAUAAAUCUGGGAGAUUGCGAACAGUAUACAUAAAGACUGAAAAAGGUGUCCUUAUAGAGGUUAAGCCCUUUGUUCGUAUUCCCAGAACAUUCAAACGUUUCGCUGGUGUCAUGUUGGAACUGCUUCAAAAAUUGAGCAUAUCUGCUGUUGGCAAGCGUGAAAAACUUCUCCGUACUGUCAAGAACCCUGUGACACAGUAUUUGCCUGUCAACUCGCGAAAAAUAGGUCUAUCAUAUAGUUCAGAAAAGCUUGUAGAUAUGAAUGACUACGUAUCCACUGUUCCCAACAAUAUGGACCUUGUCUUUGUGGUAGGAGCAAUGGCCCAUGGGAAGAUUGAGACAGAUUAUACAGAAGAUUAUGUAGCAAUUUCGGAGUAUCCUCUAAGUGCUGCUUAUUGUAUUGCAAUGAUUACUGUCGCAGUUCAGAAGAAGUGGAAGAUAUUGUGAUUUAACACCUUCAGGUCAUGCCUGAAUUGCAUUUUACUAAUUUAGGUACCACAGUCAAUUUAUGUAAUAUCAGGGAGAGGGCCUUGCAUAGCAAUUAUGUAGGACAUACAAGAUUAGUUUGUUUUUUGGUCUUGAGGAUUUUUAGGGUCUGAUGUCCUGGACCAGAGUGAUGUUUCAAUGUCGUAUUUGAAUUAAAUGUGGUAUACGUGGUUUGAUAGUCUCUAUUUUAUUACUGGUUUAAAGCUGAAUCCAUUAUUUGUUGUAAUGGCAGAACUUGCUUACGUUCAUCAUGUGCUGCUA